UCAUCAUCGCGCAGUUCUGUGGCACGUGUCUGCCCUCGCCCCCCUUUUCCUUAACUGAGCCUCAGGUACGGGCAGCCGGGCGUCGAGAUGUACGGGCAGCGAGAGGAUUCGGAGGCAGCCAUCACCCACCUCACCUUCCUCAAGGGACAGUGCCGCCUGGUGUCACUGUUCGAAGACAACAGUCUACACCUAUGGCAGUUAAACCAGCAGGAUGACUCUGGUGGUUCGUUGGAAUUAGUUCAUGCUAACUCCACAUGCUUAGAGGGAAAGUUGAAAAAGAUCAGUGUGGUGGUGGCAGACAGCAAGAGUGAACACCUGAUGGUCGGCACAGAGGGCGGUAACAUCUACCUGCUCAACCUGGCAACUUUUGCCAUGUCAGACAAUAUUAUUUACCAGGAUGUAGUCAUGCAGAAUGUUCCAGAGGAUUACAAAGUUAACCCUGGCCCAGUUGAGGCAAUUGCAGAGCACCCCACAGAACCUGACAAGAUCCUAAUCGGCUAUCAGCGUGGCCUCAUUGUGUUGUGGGAUAAGAAGAAUCUGUGCGCUGAUCAGACAUACGUAUGCACUCAACAACUAGAAUCUGUGUGCUGGCAUCCAGAUGCAAGCCAGUUUACGACAUCUCAUAACGACGGCAGCUAUAUGGUCUGGUCAUCCACCGAGUCAUCUGAGCCUGUUGACGGUCCACAGACUGUGUAUGGGCCCUUUCCUUGCAAACCUAUCACCAAAAUUCUAAGACCAGCAGCUAAAGAAGGUGACCUCAUUAUCUUUGGAGGAGGCAUGCCCAGAGCAAGCUACGGUGACCGCAAUACAGUGACUGCCAUGCAGGGAGAAUUCCAUGUCACUUUCAAUCUUACUUCCAGAGUCAUUGACUUUGUUGUAGUCGAUGAUGAUGAAAGUGGCCAAGCAGGCUGUCUGGUGGUUCUAGCAGAAGAGGAGGUAGUCUUCAUAGAUCUCAUGACCGAAGAAUGGCCAUCAUUUGCAGCUCCUUACUUGGCAUCUCUACACUCCUCUGCUAUUACCUGUUUAUACUUGGUUUCGGGAAUAAUGCCAGAUAUUUAUGAAAAAAUAAAGGAAGCAGGAUCUAAGCAACAGGUUGGCUUAUCCACACGUCCUUGGCCAAUCAAUGGAGGAAUCUUGCAAAGUUCCGACCCACCCAAACAGCGAGAUCUUCUCUUAACAGGUCACGAAGAUGGUACCGUACAAUUCUGGGAUGCAUCUGGAGUUUCUCUGACACACCUGUACAAAUUCACAACGGCUAAGCUCUUUGUGUCAGAGGACCUCGCUGCAGAUGGGGCAGCUGCUGAAGAUGACGAUUGGCCUCCAUUUAGAAAAGCAGGGUUGUUUGACCCGUAUAGUGAUGAUCCUCGUCUCGGUAUCAAGAAGAUGGAGAUGUGUGCGUUCACAGGGACUCUUGUUGUAGCGGGCACAGCAGGUCAAGUCCUUAUCCUAAAUGUUAACAUGGAAGAAAAGGAACUCGUACCUGAGGCUGUAGAUGUAAAUUUGGUAGCUGAGACUGACAACUUUGUCUGGAAGAGUCAUAGCAAACUGGAUAUGCAGACUGAAGCUGUCAAGUUUGAGGCUGGCAUGCAGCCCACAGCAGUCGUACAGUUUUACCCUCCAGCUUCCUGUACAUCUUUGACCCUAAACAGCGAAUGGGGUCUUGUUGCUUGCGGUACAGCUCAUGGAUUUGCACUCUUUGACAUUAUUCAGAGGAAGAACUUGCUUGCCAAAAGUACUUUAAGCCCUCUAGACUUAGCCAACACAGCCGAUGAAGGACCAAUGUCCAGGAGAAAAUCCCUCAAGAAGUCACUACGAGAGUCAUUCCGCAGAUUACGUCGUGGAAGAUCCCAAAGAAAAACGGGAAAGCCAGGAGCCACCUCACCAACAGGGGCACAUCCGCAAAGUGCUGGAGGUGGAGGGGCAGCAGCAGAUGAUGAUGGGUUGAAGCCUGUGGAGAGAGCCAUUGAAGCACGCUCACAGACCAGUGACUACAUUGGAUCUAUGGUUCGUUGUUUGCACCUAACAAAAUGCUUCAUUGCCAACACUCAGCUGAUGUCUGCCACUUUAUGGGCGGGCACCAACAGUGGCGCCAUCUUCGUCUUCACGAUUGCUAUUCCACCCUCUGAGAAGCGCAAUGAGAUCCCACUAAGUGUCCAGAUUGGUAAAGAAAUCCACCUCAAACACGGCGCUCCCGUCAUCAGUAUAUGUGUGCUUGAUGGGGCAAAUCGACCCUUCCCUGAACCCAUGGCAGUGAAGAAGGAGGCUGCCCCUGCGCCAAAUCCUAAUAUGCCACAUAGAGUGUUGAUAUGCUCUGAAGAACAGUUUAAGGUGUUCACUCUACCACAGCUAAAGCCUUUCUGCAAGUUUAAACUAACUGCACAUGAGGGAUCGAGAGUACGGAAGAUUGGCUAUGCAGACUUUGUUUCAUCAGCUGAUGAGAGCUAUCGGGAAGCAGGCUUUAUGAUAAUGUCUAAUCUUGGGGACUUUUCCUUGUAUUCUCUGCCUGAUUGUCGAAGACAGAUGCAGGUGGCAUACAUUAAGCGGGAAGAUAUCAAUGGUAUCAAUAGUGUGGUCUUUAGUAAUCGUGGUGAGGCAUUGUAUAUGAUGUCACCAUGUGAGCUGCAGAGAGUGUCACUGUCUGCACGGCACAUCACUAGACCCUGUGGCACCAUACCUAUUGUCAAACCAGAACCAGUUGAAGAAAAAAUUGAAGAGGCAGCCAAAGAAAAGCCAGCAAGUGAAGGCCCUGCUGGGGAGGAUGGAGCAGGCUCUGCAGCCCCAGAGACUCAAGGCGAAUCAGCAGCUACUAAUGAAAAAGAGAGUGAAAGUGGAACAGCCAAAGAGGAGAAGCCUGCAGCGGAGGCCACUGGAGGAACAGUGAACAAGAAGGUGGAAGAAGUAAAAGAAAACGGCGACAGCAGUGUCCUCAGCGGAGAUAUAACCAUUGACUCCAUUCGUGACCACAUGGAUGAUCUCAAACUCGCGGAGAAGAGCGUAGAGCUGGUGGGCGGAAGUGGCACCAGCUCAACUGUGGUGACGUCAAGUAGUGCUUCGACCAAGCAGGAGAGUAGUAGCAGUGUGACCAUUGUUAAGUCCACCACUAUCACGUCUGUGUCCUCCUCAUCCCAAGAGUCGUCAUCCAUUCAAGUAGUUGAGACAGCGGCAUCAGCAGUCAACCACAGUGCAGUGAAUGGAACAGAGUAACAGUCAACUAAGAAGAGAGCACCGUUAGCCAAGGCUGAGUCCUUUUUCAGCAAGGAGCCAAGAGUCGUGAAGGAAGAGUAAUUGUUGUCAAUAGAUUACAUAAGCCUCACUUUGUAGGAUGAAGUACCAGUGAUUGGUAGUUUUAUGAAACCCUUUAUAGGACUUUUUUUUCAGGCCCAUUGUUUGCACUUUUAUAUGGAGAAUGCAUUUAAAUGGAAGUAGAUAUGUGAUGGGGUUGGACAUUCUUUCAACUUGAAUAAGGUAGAUUAUUACAAGAUAUAUCUUUUCCCCCAUUUCUUUGUUUUACAUUUUUUUUAUUUUAUUUAUUUAUAUAUAUAUUUUUUCCUUUCUUUCAUUUCUACUGGAGGUAGUUGUUAUUUUUAUAAAGAGAAGUUAUGGAGAGAUGCUAUCUGUUUUUAACUUUGUGAGGCAAUAUUGCUGUGAGACUUGAAUAAAGUCGCAGAAGUGUGCAAACUUCAAAGAGAUGAAAAAAAUAUAUAGAUAUCAGUAAACAGGCCAAAAUACCCAAAUUACUUCUGUAAGUAACUGAAUUGCCAAAUACCUUUUUCUGAUUUGCAGUGCCUUGCGGUCUCAUGUACUUCUAUUACUCAUACAUACUGUGAACACAUCAGAGCUUUUGGUUUUGUUUUUAUUGUUUCAGUCGCAUUUUUGUUUCUAAUAUGAACAAAUAUCAAAUAAACAUUCAAUUUAUAAAUUAAAGGGAUUGAAAAGCUUUGGUGGAAGCUCGGUACCUGUGUAUAUAUUAUUAGCUGGAAGAAAGUAAAGUAUUGAUUAUGUUUAACACUAAUAGUAAGAAAAGCAAUGAUAAUUUCUAUCAUUUAAAACAUUGGUAUUCAUGUAUUGGAGUAAGAUUUUCGAACAAACGAAUAACAGUAGCAGUUAAUUUGGAGCUGGGCAUUUUUUUCCUGAAUUAAGAUAUAUGUAUAUAUAUAUAUAUACACACAUCCCUCUAUACAAAAAUAUAUAUUGUAUGUAUGUGUUUAUGUAUGUAGACAUACACAUUACGUAUGUACAUGAUGGUGUGUGUAUAUGUAUAUAUAUAUGUACACACAGAGAUGUGUAUGAAAAUAGACAUAGUUUUAGGGUAACAUACUAAUGAACUAAUUUAUCAGUCCUAAAGUAAAUAUAUACUAAAAGAAACAUGCAGUCAAGUCUAUUGGAAUUCCAUAAUAGGUUCUGCCUUUUUUCUGUUUCUGAUUGACAGCUGUUUGCUUUACUCAGAUGGAGAUUGUUCAUUGUAAGGAUGCAAUACAUCAGCCCCAUUCCAUUUAGAAUGAGGUGAGAGGGAAGGGAGAAGGAAUGUUGCAUUAAAAUAAAACCUGUUUGGAUGUGAUAUGAUUAUGUGACUGUGGAGAUGACUGCUUAGUCCCCACUCUCACUGUAUCUGGCAGGCUCUUUCAUUAUUUAAGUUGAUUUUCUGAUGUUUUAUGGUUUUGCCGUUGGAAGCUGGGAAACGGCUUUGCCUGUCACCCGUUCGAUAGAGGUUAAGAGAACAUGGAUAUUUAUUUAAUUGUUAAGGAUAAUUAUUUAGUAUUCAAAGUAGUUAUUGUUGAAAUGUAGUUCCACCCUAUAUUUUGUGAGAUAAUUUGUACAAAAUAUUUUCAAUUUUGUAAGAAGAAAUGUGUGGCUUAUAGUGUUAAUGAUACAUGGUAGAUAAAUGGCUUCUGAUAUUGCUAAAGUUACUAAUGAUGUAUUUGGGUGAUGGAAAGCUGUACUUUCUUGGAACAUUAUGGAGUGUGUAAACACCUAAUAAACCCUUUCACUGUAGUGUAUUUUAUCAUAGGUCAUCUUCAUUUCAGUUUUGGAAGUUUAGUGAAAUUGAGAAAUAGUUAUCCAGAAACUCGUGGGUGACAUUGAUAUUUUAGAUUAUUUCUUAUAUUAGAAAAUACUAACCCAUCCCAAGUUUAACUCAUUUGCUGAGGUUUGUCUAAAAGUUACAUCGCAUCAUCUUGUAUUUUGGAAGGGAAAUCUACAGUGGAAGGACUCAGCAGAUUUUUUUUUACUUAAGGAUUUGUACUGUCAGUUUGAUGAGUCUGGCUUGAGUUCGUAAAUAAUUCAAAUGUUAUUUUGGCACCACAAAGUGAACAGGAUAUAUGAAUCUUUUUUUCUUCUUUUUUAAUAUGAUUUAGAUGGAGGAAAAUAAAUCACCAUUUUUGUUAAUCUUCUAGCCCAAUUUGUUUAGGAAAACUGCUCAAAAGGUUCUAUAUGUAUAGAUAUAAAUGAAUAGAAAUAUAUAUGUAUAUGUAUACUAAGAGUGAUAGCCAGAUUAUGAUUCCACAUUUUAUUCCAAUUGUUCAGAGUGACAAAACUGAUCUUAAGAAUAAAUAAACUAGAAUAAAGUUUAAGAGGUUCAUCUCCUGUGACCGUGGAUGACAAGCAGAGAAUAUUGCUCUCUGCAUUCGGUGUUGCCUUGAGAAGGAGAAAUACAUCUUAGCAUAUGGUUAACACUGCCCCAGUUCUUUGUUUGUGUGUUACAGAACUGACUACAUUCCAUGAAUUCAUUACUAGCAUCACAGGGUCACUUUUUCCCUGUUUUCUUUCUUCUUUUUUUUAUUUAUUAUUAUUAUUAUUUUUUAGAUCUUUCAUUAUGAGUUUGUUCAUAUUUUAUGAGUUUGUCUUCAAUGGAAGGGAGGCAUGUUCAGCUCAAGUAUUUGAGGUGAAAGAUGUCGUGAUAUUCUUAAUGAUGUAAAAAAAAAAAAAAACACUAUGUUAAAUUCAUCAUUCAUUUUGAAGUUAUUGAAUUGAUUAUUGUUUGGUAUAUAGUUGCUAACUUUUCUGUAGCUGUGUAAUGAUUUUUUUUUUAUUAUUAUUUAUUAUUAUUUUUUUUUCAAAGAAAAAUAUUUAUGCCAGAUAAUGUUAAUCUUUGUUGUGGUAGCUUCCUUGUCUUUUAUGUGUUUGUUGUUUUUUUCACUCUUUUUCUGUGAGUAUCAAGUGUGUGAAAUGUUGAACAUAUUUGUGUGAAUUUCCUUUCAGUAAAAGAUGAUAAUUGUGAUUAAUUCACAUAAACUGCAGAUUUGGAAUUGACAUUUUGCUUUAGUUCUUGAAGGAAACCAGUGAAAGUGAUAGUCUAUUUAUGUAUAGUUUAUAUUGAAAUACAGGAUAGUUUGCAGUGAGGUUCUUUUAUAAACACUUAAGAGAACAAUUCAGUUUUUCUUGAGAUGUAAAUUGAUAAUGUUUCUCAUGUUCAUUAUAUGAGUUGCAUCAUUUAACUUUUUUUCCAUUUUUCCUUCUUGGUCUUAAAAUGCUGUCUCUGUAUUUUGAAGCUGUUAUUUUCUAAACUGUCGCUAUUUUGGAUCUCAAAUAAGUUGUGUAUCAGUGGCCUCUUGUAGUGCUCGAGUAGAUAGUUACUGCCUUCCAUUUCUACCAGGUCAAUAAAUUUACUGUCUGUU